CGGUCAGUGUCGUUGCGCAAGGAGCACUUCAUCAUUCCCAUCCGGUCCAAGGACACCAUCUUUAUCCAUGCAACGAGCGACGACGUCAGGGCGUCUCAGGACACCACUCUGCCUCGCUAUGACGAGAGUACCUUUGGCGAGGUUUGGAUGACGCGACAGCCCAACUUCAACAUGGCACGGCUGGACCCCUUCCUUGCUUCACACACCUGGAGCCCGGUUGCCCGACUGGUAUCAUCCAGUCAAAGCUGCGACGAACUCUACGGAUUGCUAGUUAGAAUGUCGUUUCAGGACGACAGCUUGCCGUCGCUGGCAUCCAGAUAUGCCAUCAGUGCGCUGUCGUACCAGCAUCUCGCCAUGGACAAAACGGCCGUCAUGCAUCAGACGAGAGCGAUCCGAGCGCUCCAGGCCGCCAUUGAGACGGCGGUUCCUGCAGAGUGUAUGCAGCUGAUGGCUGCGAGCAUGCUACUCAACAUCUACGAGACACUCAACUUUGACACAUCGGAUCUCAGCUGGUCCAUCUUCUUCUGCGGCACAAAACGAAUCGCCAACUUUGUCACAAAAACCGACGACACGUACUUUGGAGACGAGGCGCUCAUCAUUGACUGGGUCUUUUACCACGACGUCAUGUACAAGUUUAGUAUUCGACACUGGAGAGAAAAGAACAAGGACCAGAUCCAGCUGGCGGCACAGAGAAAAGUUCUCUCCAAGGCGGUGUUUUCGCCAGAGAGACAGACUAUUGUUCCGAUUCUCGGCUGCUCCCUGGAACUGCUUGACCUGCUCUGCCAAGCCAUUGAUGCCGUUUACGAGCCCGGUGACCCUGAUUACCAAUCCGAAUCCCACCUAAAGCUGAUCCGGUCCCUGGAGAUCCGCUUAAAAUACCUGCAGCAGCGGCAGUCCACAGUAGCGCCGCUAGACGGCCCGGAGAUGAGGCAGGAGGCCAUCGUUGCCGAGCUGUAUCGCCUAGCUGCCAUCAUCUAUCUCUUGCGUAUGGCCAAGGGUGAGCCCGAAAACUCAAAGGCCGUUGCCCACGUGGUCGACCAGGCGUACGAGCUGCUCCAACAGCUGGUGUACUGCGAGCGGCCCUGGCCUCUGUUCGUCGUUGCGCUCGAGGCCCGUACCGAAGAGCAUCGAAUGCGCAUGCUCAAGGUGCUGGAGAAGUCGCUGGAGCGUCGACCGCUGGGGCCCAUGACGCUGGUCAACAGGAUGAUACCCGAUGCCUGGACGCAGCAGGAUCUGCGCGAGUCGUCAAUAGAUGCUUUUACUCUCUACGGCAUGAUUAUCAGCAGGCACCGAGUACCGCCGUGCUUCACAUGAAAAACUGGAUUACGAAAAUGAGAAAUGUUUGUGUACAAGUUGUUUUUUUUAAGGGGCUUUUAUAAGGUAUGCUAUGCUUCACUCUAAUUACAACAAAACUAUAGAAAAAAGAAACCAGUUUUUCC